AACUUGGCAAUCGAGUCACCUUAAUAAGAACCAACCUCACUCUCUUCCUCUUUUGAUUCCCUCAACUCAUAGCUCUUUAACACAACCCACAAAGAAGAUAAAAUUAACUAUCAACAAUGGCCACUGUCACCUCCGCAGCAGUUGCUAUCCCAUCAUUCACUGGCCUUAAAGCCGGUGCAUCUACAGCCAGAGUGAGUUCCAGUGUCAAGGUUUCUGCCUCUCCUGUUCCUAGGAUGAGUGUGAAGGCCUCACUCAAAGAUUUUGGUGUUGCUGUUGCAGCCACAGCUGCUAGUGCAAUGCUUGCUAGCAAUGCCAUGGCCAUUGAGAUUUUACUUGGUGGUGAUGAUGGGUCAUUGGCUUUUGUUCCAAGCUCUUUCUCUAUUAGCCCUGGAGAAAAGAUUGUGUUCAAGAACAACGCUGGGUUCCCACACAACGUUGUGUUCGAUGAGGACGAGAUUCCAAGUGGUGUUGAUGCAUCAAAAAUCUCCAUGUCUGACGAGGACCUCCUCAAUGCCCCUGGAGAGACUUAUGCUGUUACUUUGACUGAGAAAGGAGAAUAUUCUUUCUACUGUUCCCCUCACCAGGGAGCUGGAAUGGUGGGAAAGGUGACCGUUAACUAAGUGUCCAUCAAUCAAGACUUUGUUUGGGUCAUCUCAUAAUCUUUUUCUUCUUUUUCCAAUUUGGUGGUAAUUGAGUGAGUCUAUAUGAGUAUCAGACUUGGGGCCUGGGGGACGAGAGCAGUGUAUGUGGUGCACCAAACCAAUAUAUGCUUUUGUAAUUUUCAUGUAUUUUGCAAUGUAGAUUAAUUAAAUUUAUGCUUUUUAUUUCUUUGUAA